AUGAGGGAAGUACAAAGUUGUCGACUAGCCCUCGACCCAUGUAAGGCAGAUAAGACGAGCCCUGGAACCUUCUUUCACGUCCAUUGGUCGCCUUGUGUAGACUGACACCUCCACCGCACGCGAUCGUUGCUCCGCCCACCCCUCGUCCUGAAGCCACGGGAACCUCCAAGGGGGACAAUCUUGGAGGGAAGGGAGGGCCGAAAGGUGGCGUGUAAGGACAAGGAGGGCUGCCGUACGUCCGCGCGUUUGUGGGAUAAAUGGCCCUUGUCGCCUAACGCUCGCUCGCGUGACAUGGAGAAGAUUGCCUGACGACCCCCCUAACCAAUUACACCCAAGCCAAAUUUCGUAUCCACGGUCGAGAGUCAAGCCGCGUGGUGGCUGCCACACACUUCAAGAUCGGUAAACAUUUGCUGGUCACGGUGUAGUUGUCAACAGACAUUUUGCUUGUAAACAAGUCGACGUUCCCGUGUUUUUCUGCUUGGACCUGCGUUAUACUGUGUGCUUCAUGUGUCUUUUGGCUUCUGUAUCGAUGCUUAACACCUUCAGGAAUAAUCUACCCACAAAAAGCUAGUAUGUCUUGGAUUUCUUUGAAUGAAGUCAUAUCAGUGCCAGUGUUUUGAAAUUGAUGAUUUAUCGGAAGGGCGCUUCCGUGCUGCCUUCGUCGUGUGGGGAAAAGUGUGACAGAUUAUGAUGGACGACGACACCGCAUUUGAGGACAAUAUUCACACGGAUGCUGGCUCGGACAUGUCAGAUCCACUCAUCUCUGUUGACGAUCUGGACUCUGAAGGAGAAGACGAGUCCUCCGGAGAUCGCUUUCUGCUCUCCCCCGUGUCUGCCUCCAAGGCGGAAGACAGCUGUUCCUCCCUGUCGUCCAAGUUUGGCAAGGACCGCGACAACGGACGAGGAUCCGGAGGAAGUCUCGCCUCCAAGCUGAAGAAGAAGAGCGCGCUGGCCAGCAAGUGUUUGGAUGAGAAGGAGCUGCAGAAUCUACGGUUAAAGAUCAACAGCCGCGAGCGGCGCCGCAUGCAUGACCUCAACGCCGCCCUGGACGGCCUGCGCGAGGUCAUGCCCUACGCCCAUGGACCCUCCGUCCGCAAACUGAGCAAGAUCGCCACGCUGUUGUUGGCUCGAAACUACAUCCUCAUGCUAAACAACUCGCUUGAGGAAAUGAAGAAACUGGUGAGUGACAUUUACCAGACUCAUCCGCCCCCUGUGCGCGGUGGCGGCGGCGGAGGCGGAACAGCUGGCGGCGGCGGACACCACGCUCAACUGCACGUGCCUCUUCCUGCCGUGCCAUCUCCCACCACGGGACCGGCCCCAGCGCCCCAUCCUCCUCAUCAUCAUCCUCAUCCUCAUCAUCUUCCUCACGUCCAAGUGACGCCCACACUGUCCCUGCCGCUUCACGGCCAACCGACGACGCCGUCGUCUGGUCGGCUCCCGUCACCCAGGGACUUGUCACCGUCCACUUCCCCCACCAAAACCAUCAGCACGACCACCGCCACCACGGUGUUCGCUUCCCUCGCUUCUCAGAGUCCUGCAGCUGCAACGCAACCCUCCCCGUCACCCCUGCCACACGACCACCGGUCGCUCGUGUACGGCCGCUGGCACGUGCCCUGCACGUGUAGUCAUUGCCUGGUGGAGUCGGUUCGUUCCCCCUACGGUGCUCAUUUCAGUCGCUACCCGUAUUCAUACGUGGCGGCACAUGCGUCAUCGUUACAAAAGUGAUUUUUGUUUUCGAGGGAUGGGAAGCAAAGGAGAGAGUGAGAGAAGAAGGUGCAUAACCAGAAACUUUUGCCCUUAUAUUUGAUUAGCGUGCCAUGGGCCACGUGUGCUUAGACGAUGAAGUCGAUGCUUCUGCACACACCACUGUCGAGGACAGACGAAAGUGUUCAUUCCUUUAUUCCAGGGAGCAUUAUGUCAUGUGUUAGGGCGUGUGUCCCUGUGUAUCCCCUGUGGCGAAUGAGGAGUGUUUUUAGCUGAAUGUUGAUAGUGUAAAAAUUUCUACGAUACAUUAUUUCAACGAAUGUCCGUCAAUGGACGACAAUGUCCAUAAUGUGUAAACUUUUGACAUUUUACAAAGUGGUAAUAAUUUUAUUAGGACAACAAAUUAUUUAAAGUGUUGCAUUAAGUGAAUCCUUUCUUUUGUUAUUUGUAAACUUUACUUCUCCUCCCCGAGUGUUAUAAUAUAGAAUCUUUAAGUGCCUGAAUUGUUUACACUCUCGGAUGCUGUUGAUAAAUUUUGUAUUUUCUGCUAUUGCGCCUUAUCAUGGAUUAUUCAUUUAAAAUACAACAAAGGUUUGUUAAUGUUUUUUAUGAUGCCUUUUAGCACAAAACCUGAUACAAUUAACUGAAAUAAAUUGAAUUUAAAUGUACAUGAACAAUAUGAGUGUAAUGAAAGAACAAUAAUUAUAUUUUAAAGAAAGUACAGUGGAUGCAAACAAGCUUUCUCUUUCUGCGUUUUUGAGGAAGCCCCUGCGUGGAUACGAUAUCUUGUGUAUAAGACAAAUCUCAGGAAAACAAAAUUAUUCCCAAUAUCUCCUCUCUACGUAAUUAAACAUUUAAAGAUCUUUUCAUAUUUACCAAACUGAAAAAUCUAGUUUUAGGCAAAUCUCCUUCCUUUAAAAAAAAAAAUCCAGAAAAAUUCAGUUUCGACGAUAUAUCGAAAAAUAAAAUGCAGCUGUCAGAUUCUACACAAAUAGCAAGCAAUCAAUCGAAAGGACAGUAAUUUAAAACUAUUUUUGACUUCUGGAAGGUUGUCUUUGCAUUCAGAUUAAAACACUCCAAUUAGUUUAAGUAUGUAAUAAUGAAGGCUGGACACAAGUACUUGAUACGAAAUUAAUUGUGUUUUGCCCAUGUAUACUUUCUGUAAACGCAGUCCAAACUGUGAGCAUGCAGCUUGGGAAACAUUUGUUAAGAUAUGCUAUCAACGCACCAGGAAAUUACAUUGUCUGCUUUGAAUGCGAAUAUAAUUCUGUACAUUUCAAGUAGAUACUUUCGUGAGUUUAUGUUUCUUUCUUGUGAGGUUGGGGGCGGACGUGGGUGGGGAAAAAUGCAAAUAUAAAUAAAUAAGUAGGGUUGGUGAAUUUUAAUGUGGACCCGAUCUCUACUUUCCGCUUUGUUUUUGAUAAGUAUAAAAAUACAUAUUAGAGCAUUUACUACUUUAUAAUUGAAAUCUUGAGGAGAAACAGUUUGCAAAUGUGAAAUAUGUAAGCCAAGAAGCAUCGUAUAGAGUGCACUGUACUUCGCAACAUCCAAUUCGUUGUGAUGCGCCGGAUAACGACAUUUCAGUUAAAAGUGGGCUGCAUAAAACGUAUACGCACAGCAACGAAGUGGAAUAAUCUAUUUCUUACAAUAUAUCUCCGUUAUUAGAGAUGCAUGGCUGUACAGAAAAUGUUUUGCCAGUAGUUUUUCUCUGUGGUGUAUCUACUGAUCACACAAGGAAGCGGGCAUUCAUGUCCGUGAUUAUAUUAUUGUAGUGUUGCAUUUGAACAUUGUUGAAAGUAUUGAAUCUGAAGUUUACAGGAUGUCAAAAUUAUUCUGAUUACUUUCUUCGGAUGCGAUGCCUGUCAAUUUGUGGAUUGCAUAAUUUUAAAAAAGUCUGCUACUUUGGCUAAUUAAGGUGCCUUUUAUUACGUAACUGGGAAUAAACUGUUUUGAAAUAAAA